AUGAGCUACAGCAAAGCAGUAACAGUCGAGCUGACAGCUCAUAGCUUUCUCCCCCCUCCUACGCCUCGCUAUGUAAACCCAGUCGCAUACGCUGCUGGUACAUCAAAUGGCCUCCCAGUUCCCAUAACCGAAGUUAUCAACGUUAUAAAACAUCCAGAAGGAGGCUGCCCUUUGCAAGUUGGUGAAGGGACAUACGAGCUUAGAGACGACGUUCACCUCGCUACGCCCCCUCCGCAUCCUUCCGAACCUCCGGUUAUAAAUCCAAAUCCCCUAGCGACCGGGCCUACCCCGCCAACUGUAGGCGUGAAACUCUCUCUAGUGACCUUAAAACAACACCGCAGUGGGGCUCAGUUAUAUAAAACAAACACUCGGACGAGCGUAACAUCAGAUCUACGAAGCGUUAAUGAGAGUGAUAGUGGUGGCCGCUCAUCUACUGAACAACGUGUGAAUGGAUCCGCCCAGGCCCCUCCGUUUGGAGAGGGUAGCCUUGCGCUGAUCAGCAAUGGUGGAAAGGAUACCUCUGGAUCAAAGCGUCGAAAACCAAAAAACAACAUUCAGAAGAGCGGCUCCUCGUUUAUUUCACGGGUUAUCCUUCAAGAUGCCAUGUUAAAGAAGGUCUCCGAACGGACUCAUGACAACCCCUUUGUGUUUGCCAACCUUAAUCGAUCCUUUCAAUGGCUAGACUAUUCCUCUUCAACGAAACAGGACUUUCUAACGAAGAUUCUUUUCACAAAGGCACAUAUUCUUAGUCAUGAUGUAAAUCAGAUAACUAAGAGUAUGAGCCAUCUUGAUCUGGCUAUGGGAUCUUCGGCAGGCGACAUCCUGUGGUACGAACCUUUCUCGCAAAAGUACUCCCGAAUUAACAAGAAUGGGGCUAUAAGGAACUCCCCGGUGAAUCACAUUAAAUGGAUUCCAGGAUCUGAGAAUCUUUUCUUAGCUGCGCACUCCGACGGAUGCUUGGUAGUCUAUGAUAAGGAGAAAGACGAUACACUAUUUACACCAGAAGACUCAGACAAUAAUCCCUCGCUUUUAAGCGAAGGAAGUGGAAGCAAUGCUCACUCAUCUUUAUUCAGAAUUUUGAAAUCAGUUAAUUCGAAGAACCAACGAACUAACCCAGUCGCAGUUUGGAAAUUGUCCAACCAGAAAAUCAACAGUUUUGCAUUUUCACCAGAUAAUCGACAUUUAGCUGUUGUUUUGGAGGAUGGGACUUUGAGAAUACUUGAUUAUCUCAAGGAAAAGUUACUCGACUUAUAUACGAGCUAUUAUGGUGGCUUGAUAUGUGUGUGCUGGUCACCAGACGGAAAAUACAUUUUAACCGGCGGUCAGGAUGAUCUGGUAUCAAUCUGGUCCUUCCCGGAACGUAAAAUCGUUGCUCGUUGUCAAGGUCACAAUUCCUGGGUUUCAUGCGUCGAAUUCGACCCUUGGCGAUGUGAUGAUCGGACCUACAGAUUUGGUAGCGUUGGCGACGAUUGCCGACUCCUUCUCUGGGACUUCAGCGUAGCUAUGCUGCAUCGGCCCAAGGCGGUUACUACACGUCCUCGAAAUAGCCCACAAUCUCCUACCCGACCUCACGCAGACAGCCUUACAACACGAAAUAUACGUUCAGAUUCUAUUCGACUAGAGAAACCUGCGGAUCAAACACCCAUAAUUCACCCUGUUGAGCCGCGAGCAAGAACUGCACAACUCCCCCCAAUUAUGUCGAAAGAAAUUGGGGACGAUCCUAUAUGCUGGCUGGGCUUUUUGGAAGAUUCUAUUAUGACUUCUUCACUUGAAGGUCAUAUUCGUACUUGGGAUAGGCCAAGUGAAACUGCCAGUGAACCGAAUGCUUCCACAGCCGGCUCUUCAGUAGCCGUUGGUUCACUCCCCCGGUCAAUAGAUGGUGUGCACGACUUGUAA